UUGUAAACAUUAUUGAAUAAACUAGAAAAGUUUUUUUGAAUUUCUUUGAACAAUUCUAACUACUCAUAAAAUAUAAUAAAUGGCGCAUGAACUUAACUCAAUAUUAAAACGUGAUAUUGAAUGUACAACAAAUAAUUUUAAAAUAAUUAAUUAUAAGCCAACAACAGCAAUAAAAUUGGAGCAUUCAACAUUCGAUAAUCAAAACUUAUCAAAAAAUAAUAAUAAUAAUAUAAAUUUAAUAAAGCGUGAAAUUGAGAGUGACAAUAAUAAUUGUAAUAGUAUUAGUAGUAAUAAUAUGUUAGUAACAACACCAUCAAUGAAUCAUAGUUUCAAAAAAUUAAAUAAUAAUAAUUACAAUAUUAAUAAUAAUAAUAACAAUACUGAUACUAAUUUAAUGUUAUUGACAUCAUCAUCAUCACUGGUAUCGUCAGCCAUAUCCAAUACAAAACAGUCAAUUAUUGACAAUCCGUCGGCAAUAACAUCUUCUGUUAAAUAUUUUACAAAUAAUAUCAAUAACAGCAAUAAAGCAAUAAAAUCAUCAUCGAAUACAACAAACUCAACAACAACUUCAGCAACCGGUAGUACAAAAAUGGGUUCAAGAAGAAUAUUUACACCUCAAUUUAAAUUACAAGUAUUAGAUUCAUAUCGUAAUGAUAGCGAUUGCAAAGGCAAUCAAAGAGCAACAGCACGAAAAUAUGGAAUACAUAGGCGUCAAAUACAAAAGUGGUUACAAUGUGAAUCAAAUUUACGUUCAUCAGUGGCAAACUUAAAUAAUCAAAAUAAUAUAAAGCAUCAAUUCCAUAAUAUUAGCCAUAAUAAUACUAAUAAUAGUAAUAAUAAUAAAACAAAUAGCAAUAUUGGUAAAAUUCAGUCAAAUUUAUCAAAUGUAACAUCUGCGACGGUAACAACAAAUUCAAAUACUGCUGCAGCUGCUGCAGCAGCAGCAGCUACCGCCGCCGCAGCCGCUGCUGAGGCAGCACAUCAUCAUAAGUUGCCAAACGAAACACCUAGACAUCAUGGCGUUAUAUCGUUAAUGAGACCUAUUCCAUUACAACAUGAUAAAAAUACAUCUAAUAAUAUGAUACCAACUGUUUGUGCAAAUAAUGGAACAAAUAUGUCCCCAUUUUUAACACAUCAUCAAACUCCAUUUAAUCAACAUCGUCAUAGCAUCAAUAGCAAUGCAUUAUCAAAUAUAUUACCGCCAACAACUACGACAACAAUGGUAGUGCCCGUAGCAACGGCUGCAACAAUCUCGUCUGGUUUUAUACCAACACCACCACAACCGACAAAUAUCAGAUCUUCCAAUAACUUAUUGAAUUUGAACUCACAUAGUUCUGACAUACCAAUUAUUGCAACAAAAUCAAAUCAAUCGCAUAUCAUGUACAACGUGCCAACUUUACAGCCAUAUACAGCUACAGCAACAAUUAAUUCUUUGGAUCAACAAAAUAGAAUAAGUAAUUUAAUAGCAGCUCCAAAUUGCAAUAGUAAUAAUACUUAUACACCUGAUAAUUCUAUAGUAUCAACAGCAACGACAGUAGCACCAACAAUAACAACAUCACCUUCUUCAAUAGCACCACUAGGAGCAGUGGCAGCAACAAAAUCAGGCACAUAUGCUGUUAACGAUCAAAAUGUAAAUGUAUCAGUACCAAUACCAAUAUUACCGACACCUCGUCACCCUCCUCCUCCUCCUUCACUUCAUUCACAUACAAUACAUCAUUUAAACCAUUCACAACAUUAUUCGUAUCAUUACCAAUACUUACAACAACAAAUUCCUUCAGUCAAUUCUCAGCUACCAAUACAAUUACAUAAUCAUACAAUAGCAGUCCAACAUAACAACCAUCAUGAAAAUCGUAUGUAUGUGCCGCCGUCAGUUAGUCUGCCAAUUAAUUCUAGUAGCGAUAUUAACUCAACAAAUACUACAAAUUCAGUUGGAGAAACUACAGAGCGACAGUGUAUAACACAUCAACAAAUUACACCACAGAAUAAUGCACAUUCAUUAAGUUUAUACGAGUAUAAUGAUAUGAAAGAAAAUUCAACAGGAAAUGCCAUUUCUACUUAUGAUUAUCAAAUUGGAAAUAGAGAACAAAUUAUAACAACAGUAAAAUUAGAAGAACAAUCUAUUCAACGUUCAUCGUCACCAAUUGAUUUAUCAAUUGGCAAUAAACGACGUUUGGACGAUCAAAAGCAAUUAUCAGAAGAAUCAGAAGAAAUUCAGAUUGAUGUAUGUGAGGAUGAAGUUGAUGAUAAUAAAGAUUUAGUAGAAAUAAAAUCAUCUAAUCUCAAUAAAAUUACUUGUAACGAUCAAACAAAUGAUAAUUCUGUAGUUGAUUUAUCUUGUAGAAAACGUAAACUUAGUGAUAAUGAUUUUGAAAAUAUUGAAAAACCUCCAGAAAAACAACAAAAACUCGAUCAAAAAACAGAAAAUCCAAAACCUGUUAAAUUAUUUAAACCAUAUCUUUUAGACAAUGAAAAUGAAAAGGACAAUAAUAAUACAGAAAAUAUUUCUAGUACUACGAAAAACGAAAAAGUUGAUCGAAAUCCGGUAAUAUGGAGUCAUUAUCAAUCAGAAUAUGAUUUACAUAAUGAUGAAAUAGUUAAUAAUAAUUUUUUACAAGAUUCAAAUUCUCACAACAGCAGCAACGCACAAAUAAAUUCCGAUUACCAUUAUAUGACUGGGAGUCCUAAUUUUCAAAAUCAAUCAUCAUUAACAUUAUUAACUUCUUCUUGCUCCUCUUCUACUAUAAACCAUAAUAAUAAUAAUACAAAUAAUCCACAUACAAUAACACCAUUAAGUGAUAGUUGUAGAUCAACAAUCAUUUCAAGUGGUGUUUUAUCCCCAAGAUCACCAAAUGGAUUUUGGAAUUGUCCAAAAGGAUCACCAGUUUCUGGUUAUGAAACUGCAUCAAUUUAUAGUGAUUGUAGUGAUUAUCAUAAUUCAAAUACUUAUAAUAAUAAUAUUCAUAAUAAUAAUGUUACAAACAAUACUGGAAAUAAUAAUAAUUCUACAUUAUCUGGAACAAAUAAUGUUAUAUCAAAUAAUAAUUCAAAUGAAUUACAUCAAAAUAUAACAGAUACUUCUGUUGUAACUUUAUCAACAAAUAGUAAUAACAAUAAUAAUAAUGUUAAUAAUAAUGAAGAAUCAAAAAUCAUAUCAUUUAAACGUAAUCACAUUCAAAGAUGGCUUGAACAUGAUUCAGAAUCAGAUAACGGUAGACAAGGUAUAACACUUUAUAGUUAAUGAAAUCAUUCAAUUUCAUAUUAAUUAUAAUGUUAAUUAUUAAUUAUUUUAAAAAUUUUAAUUUAUUAAUUAAGGAUUUCAUUUUAUAAAUAUUAAAUUUUUUUUUACAAUAUUUUUUUAAAUGUUUUUCUUUUUUUGAUGGUUUCAUGUGGAAUGUUAAAAAGAAUUUAUUCUCUGAACUUUAUAUUACUGAAAUAUUAUCAUAUUAUUAAAAAUAUAGAUAAAUAUUAAAAUUAUUAUCUGCUAUUGAUUUGAUAUCUGUUAUAUAAAUUAUAGUUUUAAAAAUUUCAAAUUAAAUUUUGUUUCAUUUAAAAUUAAAA